AUGGGAGGAAAAAGAGAAGAGCAAAGUACCGCUCUCGAAGUUUUUGUAGUGUCGCUUAGUCACACUAGCGUCCUGGAAGUGGGUCCUAGACACCACCGAAAGCUCCCCGCAACCCCAACGCGACAUCCAAACAACGCAAAGAUGUCAACAAACCGCGCCUCGACGACGAAUGGCGCGCAAAAUGGCCAGGAGAAGACGUACUUUGAGCAGCAGCGCGAAAUGCUAGUUACUGAGAUUGCUCAGUCACUCGAACUCGUCCUGCAGAAUAUAAAUAAACUCAAUCGAUCGCUCGAGGAAGUCACACAGGUCGGAAACGAGUUUGCGCCCGUCGAGUCUCUGUGGAGUCACUUUGAGAACGUCAUGGCCAAGGAUCCGCAAGAGGGAGCGCCGGAGGGGAACACGGAACACGAGGGUGAGACGGAAGUAACUGAGGUGCAGAAGUGAGGGGAAACCAUUGCAAGAAGGUUGAUAGUGUUUAAUUGGAAAGUGGAUGGAGUAACGUCGUGUUCGAGCAUUUAUGAUACCCCAGAGACGGUGAGGAGCAAUACAUCACGCACAAAGUCAAAAGAGUGCACAAUUGGACAGAAAUAUGCUUGGAUUGACUUCCUGCGCAUUGCAGCUGAUGCGCUCAUACUAAAUACCAAAUACAAUACAAGAGGAAAG